AUGUUUGUUCUACCUCCUCCGCCGCGGUAUCCCACCAUGGGGCCAUAUGGCGCCGGUGGAAUACACCCUGUACCUAUGAUAGAGACAAACAAUACGUUGUCAAACCCAACCGGCCCCGAGUGGCAGUUUUUAGUCGGAGAAGGAACAUACACACUGAAAGAAGACUUACAUCUUGCGACACCUCCUCCCCAUCCUUCCGAAGCUACCGUCCCGAACCCGAACCCUUUAUCGACCCUUCCCCAGCCUGCCAGCGCUGGUACCUCAGUUUCCCUCAUCGCUCUCGAAAGUCGACCGGCCCCGAACUUCUUAUACAAAGGCCUCUCGUCCACUACCCUUGCUUUGAGUGGUGCUCCGUCGAGUAUUCAGGAACACCCUAAUGAGGGCCGUUACUCUGCCGAGGGAGGUGUGGCCAGCGAGGAUGGUCGAACUGGCUCAACUAGUGAUGCUGCCGCUGCCUCAGCCUCCAUAACCAUAGGAUCGGCACCUGCUUUUGGCGAAGGCAACGCUUUACUUACUCAGGCACCGACCAAGGAUGUGAAUAAGAAGAGGAAGCCCAAGAACAACAUGACCAAGAGCAAUUCCUCUUUUAUUUCACGCGUUAUCGUCAACGAGAGCCUCUCCAAGAAGCUUACAGAGCGACCAAACGAUGGUAUUUUUGCAUUUGCCAAUAUUAACCGUGCCUUCCAAUGGCUUGAUAUGUCAUCCUCUUCAAAACAAGACUAUCUUACCAAAAUUCUUUUCACAAAAGCGCAUUGUUUAUGCCAUGACGUAAAUAUCCACACCAAGAGCGUUUCGCACCUGGAUGUCAUCAUGGGCUUCUCUACUGGCGAAGUUAUCUGGUGGGAGCCAAUCUCACAACGCUAUACUCGACUGAACAAGAACGGGGCUAUCAACGGAACGCCAGUGGCAGCAAUCCGAUGGAUCCCUGGUUCCGAAAACCUAUUCUUGGCUGCUCACAUGGAUGGGUCGCUCGUGGUUUACGACAAGGAGAAAGAAGAUGCUCAGUUCAAUCCAGAAGAGGAGGCAGUGAACGGAAUGGCAAACGGGGCCAGUGGCGAGUCGCUGGACGCCAACAACAUUGGAACUCAUCACAAUACCAUCCGUAUCAACAAGUCCGUCCACUCUAAAAACCAAAAGGUCAACCCAGUUGCCGCUUGGAAAUUAUCCAACCAUCGAAUCAAUGCUUUCUCAUUCUCACCAGAUAACCGACAUCUGGCGGUGGUCUCAGAGGAUGGUACGCUAAGGAUCAUUGAUUAUCUGAAGGAGGAGCUCCUUGACGUUUUCUACUCCUAUUAUGGCGGGCUCACAUGCGUUUGCUGGUCUCCAGAUGGUCAAUACGUGCUGACUGGUGGUCAAGAUGACUUGAUAUCUAUCUGGUCACUAUCAGAAUCAGCGCUAGUAGCCAGAUGCCAGGGACACCAGUCUUGGGUGUCAGCUGUUGCAUUUGACCCUUGGAGAUGUGACGAACGAAACUACCGAUUUGGUAGCGUAGGAGAAGAUGGACGCCUGUGUUUGUGGGACUUUAGUGUUGGCAUGCUUCACCGACCCAAAGCGCAAUCUGUGAGACACCGCGGGUCGAUUUCGUCACGCUAUACGGCGUUGCAGAGGGCUGAGACGGCCACCACAUCUAACUCGCGCCUACGAUCUAAUUCCAACCUUGAUACCGAAGAUGAAGAGAUGGCCAUCGCACACCCUGUUGAGCCACGAGCUAGAAUUCCAAUGCUUCCCCCCGUUCUCAACAAAUCAAUCGACACGCACCCAGUGUGUUGGCUGGACUUCACAGAAGAUGCUAUCAUCACGAGCUGCAAGUCCGGACAUAUGAGAACGUGGUUGCGACCUGGAUCGGAGCUUGCGGCACAGACCAAGGGAGCAGAUGCCCCGGCAGCAGCGUCAUGA